AUGAAUUCAACACAAGACCCCGCCGAAGCGCUGCUCCAAGACAAUACAACAGUUUUGAGUGAUAACUCAACUCUAAACAAUGGCACCCAUGAAUAUUACACAUUUUUCUCCGGGACCGCCGAAUUUCUGAUGUGCUCUUACGUCUAUUUUAUUCCCCGAAUUAUCGCAUAUCGAUGCGUCACAAUUGCAGACGAUAAAAUGAAGGCGCAUUUCUGGUCAAUGACAUAUUUGAUCAUCAAUAACGUGUGUUUAUCGAUCGCCAAUAUUUGCAAAUGUUUCAAUUUUGUGUCCGAUCCGACACCGCUUACCAUAAUCUUCUGGUUGAGCACCGCAGGUGUUUUUCAUCAACUCACCACUCACAUUGUGACAUUCAUAUCGUUGCAACAAUUAGCACAAUCCGAGUCAUUCUCAUUCUCUCAUUUGUUUCUCGAAGGCCCUUGUCAACACGUUUAUGUGCUUGUGCUACUUUUCGUCUACGCCAUCUACAAUUUCUGGGACUACGCCUUCUAUUUUGGCGAUAACGAUUUCGAUAUCGACAAAGUUUUGUUCAAGUCAAACAUCGCACAAGAGAUUGUUUUCCCUUUGAUCACAUUUUUGAUCUACAAUUAUGUGCGGUUGAAAACUCGAAAAGAGAGAUACUAUGCGCAGCAAAAUGAGAACUACGAUGGAACGAAGCCGACGACGCUUGAUCAGACGGGAAAGAUCGCAUGGUUUCAAGGGGUAAUGGCGCUUGUCCAAAUCAUAACUCGCGUCUACAUCCAUAGAUUCGAUGCAAUCGAAGAAAGUGAUUUCAUUAAAUUCAUCGUUUAUUGCCAAUCUCCAACACUUUCAUGCAUCGUGUUCGUUUCAAUCCUUCGAAAGAAGCGUCCAACUCGUCCGUGCUUCCUUCUGUGCUGCACUGAGGAUAACGCGAUUCCACAAUCAACAUCCGUCUCAAGAGUCGGAGCUUCUGGCUAA